UUGGAUCCACAUAUGUAAGUGAGCAGGUGUUCUCCAACAUGAACUUUAUUAAAAACAAACAUCGCGCAUGCCUCACAGAUGACAGCUUGCGAUCCUGUGUAAAGAUGAAGGUGACGUCAUACAGCCCUGAUGUGCAGACGCUGUGCGCUGAGGUCCAGGAGCAGAAAUCCCAUUAACCAAGCUGACAGCUGGCUGAUGUUAUUUUUGGUUUGCUGCUGGCGGAAAAUUUAAGUUCGGCGUUUUUCAUAAAUACAAGAAGGACUCAAAUAGACAUUGAGUAUUUUACUUUAAAGUAACUUUCAACCCAACGUCUUUUUUUCGGAGUUCAAAAUGUUUUUGUUGCAUGCAGAAAUGUAAUUUCGUUUUCUCUGCAGGAGUUCAUCAAUUUCAUAAAUGCAACACAUUAUAGUUUGUUUAUACAUAGCAUAAAGGCAAAAAAAACGUUGUAUGCAGUGUUAUUUCAUUUUAAAUGUCAAACGGGUUUUGCGGCUCCCAGUGUUUUCUUUUCUGUGGGAAACGGGUCCAAGUGGCUCUUUCAGUGGUAAAGGUUGCUGACCCCUGGGAUAGAGGAAUGGCUGACAGGCAGGAGGCAGUAUGUGGGACUAAAAGGGACCUUUUCUGGUUGGCUGCCAGUGGCUAAUGGUAUUCCUCAGGGGUCAAUACUGGGACCACUACUUACCAUAUUGUUUAUCAAUGAUUUGGAUAAUGGAAUUGUGUCAAAGUUUGCAGAUGAUACAAAGUGGAGGGAUAGGCAAUGUUGAGGAAGCAAUGCAAUUGCCACAGGAUGUAAACAAAUUGGAAAAAUAGGCAAAAAUGUGGCAGAUGGAAUACAGUGUUGGACAAUGUAUGAUAAUGCAUUUUGGUAAAGGGAAUAAUAGUGCGGACUAAUAUCUAAAGCAGGACCUCCAGGGUAACAAUCUCAGGAUUGCUACCUGUGCCACGUGCGAGAGAGGCAAGGAACAGAAAGAUUUUAAAGAUUAAUACGUGGCUGAGAGGAUGGUGCAGGAGGGAGGGCUUCAGGUUUGUAGAUAAUUGGGCUUUGUUCCAGGGAAGGUGAGAUCUGUUCUGAAGGGACGGUUUACACCUAAACUGGAGCAGUACUAACAUUCUUGCAGGAAGUUUGCUAGUGCUUCUUGGGGGGGGGGUUUAAACUAAAUUUGCAGGGGGCGGGAAUCCAGAAUGUGAAAGAGGAUAGCGAGAGGAAGAAUAAAGGACAGGUGGGGACUACACAGUUCCGGAAUAUUAAGUGUGUAGUACAGAAAGGUGAGGCGGAACAAGUGACAAGGAGGACACAUGUACAGAGGGAUGGUCUGACGGAACAUGGAGUUAAAUGUGUUGAAAGAAUAAGUAAAUUUAAGAAGGACAACAAAAUUCUAGAGGUGUAUAGCCUGAUGGGAGUUCGGGGAGCUGGGUUAAGCACAAUAGGCAACGAUUCAAACAGAGAGAGGACAAAUGGGCUAAAAACUCUGUAUCUGAAUGCACGAAGUGUCAGAAAUAAGGCGGAUGAGUUUGAAGCCCAGGUGCGAAUGGGUAACUAUGAUGUUGCUGGGAUAACGGAGACAAGGCUGAAGGGAGAUCAGACCUGGGAAAUGAAUGUACAAGAGUACACGUGCUAUCGUAGGGACAGAAAUGUGGGCAGAGGGGGUGGGGUGGCCCUUUUGGUGAGGAAUGAGAUUCAGUCCUUUGCAAGGGGGGACAUAGGGUCAGGAGAAGUAGAGUCUGUGUGGAUAGAACUGAGGAACAGUAAGGACAAAAGGACCCAAAUGGGUGUUGUCUACAGGCCACCAAACAGUAGCAUGGAUAUUGGGUGCAAGUUGAAUAGGGAGUUAACAUUGGCAUGUGGCAAAGGUAAUGUCGCAGUAGUUUUGGGGGAUUUCAACAUGCAGGUGAACUGGGAGAAUCAGGUUGGUGCUGGACCACAGGAUAGGGAGUUUGUAGAGUGCCUACAGGAUGCAUUCUUGGAACAGCUUGUACGAGAGCCGACCAGGGACAAGACUAUUCUGGAUUUAGUGUUAUGUAAUGAACAGGAUUUGAUAAGCGAUCUUGCAGUAAAGGAGCCAUUAGGAGGUAGUGAUCAUAAUAUGAUAAGUUUUUAUCUGCAAUUUGAGAAGGAUAAGGGCAGCUCGGAGGUGUCAGUGUUGCAGUUGGACAGGGGAAACUAUGGAGCCAUGGGGGAGGAGCUGGCCAAAGUUGACUGGAUGGAUAGCCUAGCACGGGGGUCGGCAACCCGCGGCUCCGGAGCCACAUGUGGCUCUUUUACGUCUGUGCUGCGGCUCCCUGUUGCUUUGAGAAAUAAUUGGUUGUGGCGACCCUUUUCCUGGCACAUCCGAACCGACUCACAAUUAGAUAGCCUACGGGGGUUUGCGAGCACAGAGCUUUGGAGCCUCUGCGCCAUGGGGGCAGGUUGAGGGAGGCUUAAAAGUGAGGCUGAAGAUUUCGAAUAAAGUUUUUUCCUUCGACUGCAGUUACCGACUCCGUGUCGUAAUUUUAGCGCUGCGUGUAGCACACCGCUACAUGGUCAGUAUUUAAUUAAAAUGUAUUUUAUGUUGGUUUGUUAGUUUUUGAAAUGUAAAUCUAAAUUUGAAGAUUAUGGUGAUCUUGUACAAUCUAAAUAAGACGUUGUGGCGACCCAUUUCCUGACACAUCCGAACCGGCUCACAAUUAGCCAGCGUUCAGGCUAAGGGAGAUAGCCUACGGGGGUUUGUGAGUACAUGUCUUUUGCAGCAUCCGCGCCCAUGGGGGGCGGGUUGAGGGAGGCUUAAAAGCAAGGCUGUUUAGUUCGAAUAAAGCUAUCUUUGACUGCAGUUUACUGACUGCCUGUAGCACACCGCUACAACGUGUUUUUAUCGCUGGCUGUCCAGAGGGGAGGUGCUGAAACGCUUUGUCGCGUGUCUGGAAGAAGUGAAAACUUUCCUGGGCAGCAAAGGGCUCACCUUUCCUGAGCUGGAACAGCCAGAGUGGCUGGAAAAGCUACACUUCAUGGUAGACAUGACAGCGCACCUGAACACGCUGAACACAGCUCUUCAGGGGUAAGGACGUACAGCCCUGCACAUGUUGGAGGAUGUUUUGGCAUUCGAGCGCAAGUUGACGUUGCUUGCCAGAGAUUUACAGAAAGGCACAUUGUCUCACUUCCCCAAUUUGAGAGAGUUCAAACAAGGUCACGACUUGAUAAAUUCGGAGUAUUUACAUUCUGCAAUCAUCGCAAUGCAAACAUCGUUUGGGAAACGCUUCUGUGAGUUCAGAGAGGAAAAAAACACAUUAUCCUUCCCGGUCACUCCCCUAAGCAUCGAUCCAUCCCUACUGAAUACGACUGCAUUGUCAGGUGUGAGUCAACCUGAACAAGGAUGAUAAAUAUUUUAAUUGCCUAUUAUUUUGCGUAUAUUCAUAUGUUUUCAUUGUUCAGUGAAAUAGUCCUUUUAUUUUUCAGGUUGACAGCUGGCUGACGUUAUUUUUGGUUUGCUGCUGGCGGCAAAUUUAAGUUUGGCGUUUUUCAUAAAUACAAGAAGGACUCAAAUAGACAUUGAGUAUUUUACUUAAAAGUAACCUUCAACCCAACGUCUUUUUUUCGGAGGUCAAAAUGUUUUUGUUGCAUGCAGAAAUGUAAUUUCGUUUUCUCUGCUGGAGUUCAUCAAUUUCAUAAAUGCAACACAUUAUAGUUUGUUUAUACAUAGCAUAAAGGCAAAACAAAACGUUGUAUGCAGUGUUAUUUCAUUUUAAAUGUCAAACGGGUUUUGCGGCUCCCAGUGUUUUCUUUUCUGUGGGAAACGGGUCCAAGUGGCUCUUUCAGUGGUAAAGGUUGCUGACCCCUGGCCUAGCAGAAAAGACAGUGGAACAGCAAUGGCAGGUAUUCUUGGGAAUAAUACACAAGGUUCAAAAUCAGUUCAUCCCCCAGAGAAGGAAGGAUUCAAAGGGGGGAAAGGGGCCACAGUGGUUAACAAAGGAAGUCAGAGAUUGCAUAGCAUUAAAAAAAAAGGAAGCAUGACAGAGCUAAGGUGAGUGGGAGGACAGAUGAAUGGGAAGUUUUUAAGGAACAACAGAACUUAACUAAAAAGACAAUACGGGGAGAAAAAAUGAGGUACGAACACAAGCUAGCCAGGAAUAUAAAGGAAGAUAGCAAAAGCUUUUUUAGGUAUGUGAAGAGAAAGAAGAUAGUUAAGAUCAAUGUUGGGCCUUUGAAGAAUGAAUUGGGUGAAAUUGUUAUGGGAAACAGAGAAAUGGCAGAAGAAUUUAAUGAGUACUUUAUAUCUGUUUUCACUAAGGAAAACACAAGCAAUCUCCCAGAUGUAUGGAUGAGCCAAAGACAUGGGGUAACAGAGGAAAUGAAAAAGAUAGACAUUAGGAAGGAAACGGUGAUAAGUAGACUGAUGGGACUGAAGGCUGACAAAUCCCCAGGUCCGGAUGGUCUGCAUCCUAGGGUACUAAAGGAGGUGGCCCUGGAAAUUGCGGAUGCAUUGGAAUCAUUUUCCAAUGUUCCUUAGAUUCAGGAUCAGUUCCUGAGGAUUGGAGAAUGGCUAAUGUUAUCCCACUUUUUAGGAAAGGAGGGAGGGAGAAAACAGAGAACUAUUGACCUGUCAGCCUGACAUCGGUGGUGGGGAAGAUGCUAGAGUCCAUUAUUAAGGAUGAAAUAGUGGCAUAUCUAGAUAGCAGUGAUAGGAUUGGGCCGAGCCAGCAUGGAUUUACCAAGGGUAAAUCAUGCUUGACUAAUCUGUUGGGAGUUUUUCAAGGAUGUAACCAGGAAGCUAGACGGGGGAGAUCCAGUGGAUGUAGUGCACCUCGAUUUUCAGAAGGCAUUUGAUAAGGUCCCACAUUGGAGAUUGAUCGGUAAAAUCAAAGCUCAGGGCAUCAGGGGGAAGACAUUGACAUGGAUAGAAAACUGGUUGGCAAAUAGAAAGCAAAGGGUAGCGGUGAAUGGGUGUUUCUCGGAAUGGCAGGUGGUGACUAGUGGGGUGCCACAGGGCUCGGUAUUGGGACCACAGCUGUUUACAAUUUACGUCAAUGAUUUGGAUGAAGGCAUUGAAAAUAACAUCAGCAAAUUUGCUGAUGAUACUAAGCUGGGUGGCAGUGUGACAUGUGAUGAGGAUGUUAGGAGAAUUCAGGGUGACUUGGAUAGGCUGGGUGAGUGGGCAGAUACUUGGCAGAUGAUGUUCAAUGUGAAUAAGUGUGAGG